AUGGCUUUCUUGCAAACGUCUCUGUCCCCGGCCAGCUUCUUGGCGCCUAUCCAUCUCUUCUCCUACUCCACGCUCCUAGGCAUGGAACUGUACCAGUCGUUUGUGAUGACUAAAGUAUGCUAUCAAGAGCUACCACGGUUGGCCUUUACCACCUUGCAGAAGCGCAUCUUCCCAAUUUACUUCCGGGGCAUGGGCAAUUGGAUACCGUUUGCUGUUGCAGGGGUCACGGCGCUUCUUAACCUGAUGCUCUACGGGCCUCGAACACGCCAGAUCAUGAUUCAGCGGAUUCAUCAAGAAACACGGGAUGGAAGAAAAUCAAACGACCCGGUUGAAGUUGGCGAAGAGAUGGGAGCGCUAAAUAAAGCAUUCUCGCGUAACCACGCCAUGAGCAUUCACCUGAAUCUUAUAACCAUAGGGGCUACUCUCUGGUGGGGUUGGAAGUUGGCUUCGCGACUAAACGUGCAGCCUUAA